AGGCUAAGGAAGCUUGAUUUCCAAGGUGGUCGAAGGCGGUGUCGUCUGGUAUAGUCUCGGUUGUCCCUGCAGAGGUUCUCGAGGUGGAAGUUUCGAAGGUGGAAGCGGUAUCUAGGAGGGUCGGCCCGUCGGUGCCAUAUGUGUCGGUGCCGUUUCAACGUCGCUCGCCAUGUGGGUGAAGCCACAGGAGGUCUUGCUGGCCAAUGCUCUCUGGGUGACCGAGCAGGCAACGGUAUACUUCGUCCUUCAGCGACGCAAGGGCCAUGGCAAGGCAAAGGGACUCACUUCGAUACUCGUAGGGACUUUGGACAGUGUCUUCGACACGAAGCCACCACCCUUUAGGAUACUUCACCAGACACCUUCAUCGGAGGUCUACUGGGUGGUGGCCUGCUCUCUGACAUACAAGGAGAUUCUGCAGGACUGGAAAUGGCUGCACGCCAAUUUAAUGGACACCCUGAAGUCCUUCGACACAGAGGAGGAAAUCACAGAGUUCGUGUGUUGCAAGAUCCAGUCCAUCAUAGCCAACAACGUUCCGGACUGUCAAAUCGAGGAGGAGAACACGCAGUCCUUCAAAGCGGUGUCCUUCAAGUUCCACCAACUGUUUAAUGUGCCGAAGGACGAUAAGCUGGUUAAUUAUUAUUCCUGCAGUUACUGGAAGUCAAAAUUCCCUCGGCAAGGCUGGCUCUACUUGUCCGUCAACUACAUGAGCUUCUAUGCAUACAUCCUGUCUAAGGAGACCAAAUUGAGCAUAAGGUGGGCAGACAUCGUUGAGCUGGAUAAAACCAACUCCAUUCUAUUUCCUGACAGCAUUCGAGUUGUAACGAGGGAUGGCAAAGAGCACUAUUUUUCGAUGUUUCUACACAAAUCGGAGACUUUCUCGUUGAUGAGCCAAUUAACCAACAUCGCCAUGAAGAGACUUAUCGACGAGAAGAGUGGGUUCAACGAGGACCGAGACUUGUUGAAUAAAUUAAGCAAAAACGUGCCUAAGAAACCAUCGUUCCUGAAGAGGGAUCUGGACGCACGAGCUCAUUCCGAGGUCUAUCGAUUGCAGUUCAGGUUGCCGGCAUGUGAGAAAUUGGAUGGCAGCAUCGAUGCCACCCUCUGGACGCCGUAUGACAAGAGGAACGUCUGGGGGAAGAUAUUCCUUUCACAGAAUUAUAUGUGCUUUGAGAGCAGGGUUAAGCAGCUGGUUGGUUUGGUCAUUCCGCUGAGAGAAGUCAGUAUGGUCGAGAGAGGUGAAAACAAAUUCUCCAAUACUGCUGUCGACAAGUCUAUCCUGGUGACGGCUGCGAGGAGCUCGUUCCUCUUCGCUCAGAUACACGACAGGGACUUCGUCGUGCAGAAGAUCUCCGAACUCUUGUCCAUGGUCCAGGCAAAGACAAUAUCGAUCCCAGAACACAUCAGUGACUGCGAAGAAGCCACGCCUUCUGGUAGCUGGACUCCGCAGCCUCCAUUGAUGACACUUUUCAAGGCACCGCUGAGUCCAGAGGCAUCGGCUCAACAGGCAGCGAAGGAGAAACAGUGGGAACUACACUUCGCUGAGUAUGGACGUGGGGUCACCAUCUACAGAACUACGGAGACGGCGAAGCUGGUCAUUCAGGGUAUACCUCAGACUCUGCGGGGAGAAGUCUGGCUAACCUUUUCAGGUGCUCUCAACGAAAUGGCCAUGAAUCCAGGCCUAUACAGAUCUCUAGUGGAGCAGUCUCUUGGCAAGCCGUGCCAAGCUAACGAGGAGAUAGAAAGGGACUUGCAUCGAUCCCUUCCGGAACAUCCUGCUUUUCAGUCUGACACCGGUAUCAGUGCCCUUCGGAGGGUUCUCUCAGCCUAUGCGUGGAGGAACCCCCAAAUUGGGUACUGUCAGGCGAUGAAUAUUGUCACUUCGGUUCUUCUGAUCUACUGCUCGGAAGAGGCUGCGUUCUGGCAGUUGUGCAAUGUCUGCGAAUCUCUACUACCAGAUUAUUACGACCGGAGAGUAGUUGGUGCCUUGGUCGACCAAGGUCUUCUCGAAGAAUUGGUUGCCGAACACUUACCUGCCCUGCACGUUAGAUUACAUGAAUUAGGUCUUAUUAGCGUAAUCUCUCUGUCUUGGUUCCUGACCAUUUUUCUGAGCGUCAUGCCGACGAGCAGCGCCGUGAACAUCAUGGACUGCUUCUUCUACGACGGUGCAAAGGUCAUAUUUCAGAUUGCACUGAUGAUCUUGGAAUGGAACCAGGAGAAAUUGUUAAAUUGUCGUGACGACGGAGAAGCGAUGCAGCUGUUGACAGAUUACCUCGGUGGGGUGUUCAACGAUGAAGGACUUGUGUUACCUAAAUUAAUUGACAGUGCGACGCCCAACAGGAGUAUUUCUGUACAAACCUUGAUAUACGAAGCGUACUCGAGGUAUGGUUUUCUCACCAUUGGAGGUAUUGAAAGACUUCGACUGAAGCACAGACUCAGAGUGGUUCAAAGCCUGGAAGAGGGCAUUGAAAAGAGUAUAAUAAGACAUGUCGUCACCGACAAGUAUAUGACAGCGGAAGAACUGCAGGAUUUACUAAGUCUAGUCAGGGAGGAACUGAUGAGUCAACGGAAGUCAGAACCUGAUCGUUAUGACCCCACGCAACAACCUUACGAAGCCUACAAGGUGGACUUUGAACUCUUCCGAAUACUAUUUGGAGGAUUGUCACCAUGGGGGAAAUGUUCCCAAGCUGAGUCUCUGGCAGCAAGAUUAUUUCGCUUGAUGGAUCGUAAUCGAGACGGCUUACUAAACUUCCGAGAAGUGGUUCAGGCCAUUGGAAUGACUGCUACGGCAGACCUCACUCAACGGCUGAAGCUUCUGUACACUUUGCAUCUACCGCCUCUUCUUACUCCAGUCGACUUUGAAUCUCCAACCCAUUCUGAUGGUGCCGAAGUGGCAGCAGAGGCCACCGAUUUCUUCGACAGCAUGGAACAAAGUCUGGGAUCCCUUGAAAUACCAAUCAGCACUGCGGAGGAGCCCACCGCAGGAACUUUAUCGCGUUCGACGAGCCUCAACAGUCAAGCCGGUGAAACAUCUUGGGAAACUCAAAGCAUGGGAAGCCUCCGUUCCAUGUUAGCUUCGAGGGACAGUCCGCUGGAUCUGAAGGUCGUGCCAAAAAUGUCUCAGCGGCAUUUCAUAGCUCUCUGGAAGACCCUCUACGAUAUGUUUCCAGCACAGCCCGAAGAGCAAGAAACUUAUCACUGCAUCGCUUCGAUAGGCACCCUGCUGCUUCAACUGGGCGACGUUGGCAAGAAAUUCUCCGUAGACCGAGAGGAAUCCGAUGACAGCCUGUUGGUUGCAGCAUCGGCAGCUCAGCAAGUUGCUCCUGUCAUCGAAAGGUCUCCUGAUCGCAAUGGCAAUCCUUCCAGUGGCCCUUCAUCGACAGAUCCUGACUGGUCGAUAACUGUCGAACAAUUUCUGGCAUCGGCACUGACUGGCUCCCAGAUAGUUGACUUCUUCAGCAGGCGAGUGGACAUCCGUGAGGCGAUAGCUACCCUUAGGAAUCGGAGGUUUAACCGAGUUCACUCCUUAUCUGACACUCCUGUCAUAAAUGUUUGACAAGGGAGAAUUGACACCUGCGAGACCGCGGUGUGACCAACAAUUAGCAAACGUUAAGAAUUUCCAGUGCAAUGUUGUAACUUAUCGGUCCCUUGGGUAUGUCGACAUCGAUUCGAAUGGACAUCCUUGAUGUUCGCAUGCAUCGAUGACAGAAUUCUUCCUCGUGUAUGGAUACAAUGCCUCGCGGUAAUUGAAUAAUAAUCGCCCUCAAGAUAAGCGAUAUAUACAUAUAGUCCUAAAACAUUUUGCAGAAGCUCGGAACUGAGCGGAUUAAUAAUGAACGGAUUUGUAAUCGUAGGUGUCGUCCAAGCUAAUAGUACUGUUCCUGCUUUAAAGUAUCUGUUAGGUUUUAUGUAUCGAUCGACAGAUUACAGAGGGUCACCGGUAUGAUCAUCUGCGGUUCAUGAUUUACAUGGUAGGGUUCAUUUAGAACGUGUUACAGUGCUACUAGCUUUUGGAACGUGGAAAGCAUACUCGCUUAGAAGGGAAGACCGAUUAAAAUUGGCCUAAUGUGAGUAUAAGCCAGACAUGUUUUUCACAUGUAGUAGAUAUCGAGAUGAAAAUAUAAUUAAAUUAGUUAAUAUGCCACGCUUCCUCUUUGGGCGAUUUUCUCGCCAAUGAAUACUCAGGGUAAUCGAUUUAAUUGCCGAUCUUAUGGGUGAUGUACGACGUGUGAGAUCUAAUUCACACUAAAUGUUUCCCCCCCGAGUCGUGCUGUCCAACCUUUGACUUCUCUACUUUUAAAAUGAAGCAAUUGGACGGUAAUUUAAAAGGGAAGCGCAGGCAUUUCUUAGCGGAUUAGCUUGCUGAGAAUGAGACGAAGACAUAUCUUCUGAAGUACGUGUCAGGAAAAGAAAUUUUAACAGAUGGGUUCAAUCUUUCUUUUAUUUUCCGUCAACGCGCCACUUUUGUAGAUAAGUCUGAUUUUCAGUAGGUCCUAAGUUAAGGCAAAGAUUUGAAAAAGAUGAAUAGGAAGAAAAAAAUCGAAGCAUUUCAACUAACGAUGAAGUGCUUGAAAUAUUAUCGUAGGAUUAUGUUAAGGAUAUUUGUAAUUUCCCCACACAUAUUGCAUAGAGCAAGGUUUACAGAAUUAUGUUCUAAUAUUUGAUGUGGAUUUUUAAGGGUUCGCACUUUUUUGUACAUAACUUCCUAUCGUUAAAAUAAAUUCAAAGUUGAUUUAUUUACUACAUUAACGGCAUAAUUUGUUUCUAUUAUUGUUCAUGAAGGAUUUAACAAUUUAUUUUUCAAAUAAAUAUCGAGAGCACUA